AUGGCGGUUGAUGUCCAUUUCUGCGGAGUUAAUUUUGCUGAUGUUUUGGUCUGUCGUGGUCAGUAUCAGGAAAAACCCCAACUUCCUUUCACACCUGGAAUGGAGUUUUCUGGGAUUGUAUUGGAGACAGGCGCAGAUGUCAGCACAGUGAAAGAGGGAGAUCGAGUUAUUGGCGUGAGUGGCUUUAAUGGUAUGGCUGAAGAAUGCAUCAUUGACCAAAAGACACUGUGGCAGAUUCCAGAAGGAGUCUCCCUCCAAGAAGCCUCUACCCUGCCUGUAUCCUAUGGCACUGCUCUUUUGGCUCUGGAGCAUCGGGCAUGCACUCAGCCUGGAGAAACUGUUUUAGUGACGGCAGCUGCUGGAGCCACCGGCCUUGCAGUGAUUGAUGUGGCAACGAAUAUUCUUCAGGCUAAGGUGAUAGCUGCCGUUGGAAGUGACGAGAAGUGCCAGCUUGUGAUGCAGAAGGGCGCGCAAUCCGUCGUGAACUAUAGUCAGGGCGGCCUGAAGGAGGCUGUGAGGAAGCUGGUGGGCAGUGUUGGGGUGAAUGUGGUCAUCGACACAGUGGGAGGAGAUGUCUUCCUGGAGGCACUCCGCAGCCUGGCGUGGGAGGGCAGGAUCGUGGUGGUGGGUUUUGCUGGAGGAACCAUUGCUUCUGUGCCCGCCAACCUUUUGCUCCUGAAGAAUGUCUCAGCCAUGGGGCUGUACUGGAGCCGAUACAAAGAGCAGAACUUUCCCAUCUUCUCCAGAACCCUGUCCUCGGCUCUUCAGUACUGCCAGCAAGGGCGCAUCCAGCCACACAUCGGAGCAGUUUUUAAGCUGGAGAAGGUCAAUGAUGCCUUCCUUCAUGUGAUACAGCGCAAAUCCACCGGCAAGGUGCUUAUCUCCCUUAAAUGAAUCCUCGCCUCAGCAGCAAACUCAGCAUGUCCAAAUCCAAAUUCAUCAUCUUUCCAAAAAACCUCAU